AUGAACUGGAGCUGCAAAUGCAUCAACACAAACAACAGCGACAACACCAACAACGAAUGCAGCAAUAACGGUAACAACAUGGGCAGGAGUAGUAAAUACAUCACCACAAACAACAGAGACAACACCAACAACGAAUGCAGCAAUAACGGUAACAACAUGGACAGGAGCAGUAAAUGCAUCACCACAAACAUCAGCAGAAACAACAGUGACAUCACCAACACCGUAUGCAGCAGAAACGGUAACAACAUGGGCAGUAGCAACAAAUACAUCACCACAAACAACAGCGACAACACCAACAACGAAUGCAGCAAUAACGGUAACAACAUGGGCAGGAGUAGUAAAUACAUCACCACAAAGAACAGAGACAACACCAACAACGAAUGCAGCAAUAACGGUAACAACAGGGACAGGAGCAAUAAAUGUAUCACCACAAACAUCAGCAGAAACAACAGCGACAAAACCAACACCGUAUGCAGCAGAAACGGUAACAGCAUGGGCAGUAGGAACAAAUACAUCAGCAGAAACAACAGAGACAACACCAACAACGAAUGCAGCAAUACCGGUACCAUCAUGGACAGGAGCAGUAAAUGCAUCACCACAAACAUCAGCAGAAACAACAGCGACAAAACCAACACCGUAUGCAGCAGAAACGGUAACAACAUGGGCAGUAGCAACAAAUACAUCACCACAAACAACAGCGACAACACCAGCAAUGAAUGCAGCAAUAACGGUAACAACAUGGGCAGGAGUAGUAAAUACAUCACCACAAACAACAGAGACAACACCAACAACGAAUGCAGCAAUAACGGUAACAACAUGGACACGAGCAAUAAAUGUAUCACCACAAACAUCAGCAGAAACAACAGCGACAAAACCAACACCGUAUGCAGCAAUAACGGUAACAGCAUGGGCAGUAGCAACAAAUACAUCAGCAGAAACAACAGAGACAACACCAACAACGAAUGCAGCAAUAACUGUAACAUCAUGGACAGGAGCAGUAAAUGCAUCACCACAAACAUCAGCAGAAACAACAGCGACAAAACCAACACCGUAUGCAGCAGAAACGGUAACAACAUGGGCAGUAGCAACAAAUACAUCACCACAAACAACAGAGACAACACCAACAACGAAUGCAGCAAUAACGGUAACAACAUGGGCAGGGGCAACAAAUACAUCACCACAAACAACAGAGACAACACCAACAACGAAUGCAGCAGGAACAAUAACAACAUGGGCAGGGACAGAAAAUGCAUCAGCACCAAUAAAAGACACAACACCAACACCGUAUGCAGCAAAAACGGUAACAACAUGGGCAGUAGCAACAAAUACAUCACCACAAACAACAGAGACAACACCAACAACGAAUGCAGCAAUACCGGUAACAUCAUGGACAGGAGCAGUAAAUGCAUCACCACAAACAACAGCAGAAACAACAGCGACAAAACCAACACCGUAUGCAGCAGAAACGGUAACAACAUGGGCAGUAGCAACAAAUACAUCACCACAAACAACAGCGACAACACCAGCAAUGAAUGCAGCAAUAACGGUAACAACAUGGGCAGGAGUAGUAAAUACAUCACCACAAACAACAGAGACAACACCAACAACGAAUGCAGCAAUAACGGUAACAACAUGGACACGAGCAAUAAAUGUAUCACCACAAACAUCAGCAGAAACAACAGCGACAAAACCAACACCGUAUGCAGCAAUAACGGUAACAGCAUGGGCAGUAGCAACAAAUACAUCAGCAGAAACAACAGAGACAACACCAACAACGAAUGCAGCAAUAACUGUAACAUCAUGGACAGGAGCAGUAAAUGCAUCACCACAAACAUCAGCAGAAACAACAGCGACAAAACCAACACCGUAUGCAGCAGAAACGGUAACAACAUGGGCAGUAGCAACAAAUACAUCACCACAAACAACAGAGACAACACCAACAACGAAUGCAGCAAUAACGGUAACAACAUGGGCAGGGGCAACAAAUACAUCACCACAAACAACAGAGACAACACCAACAACGAAUGCAGUAAUACCGGUAACAUCAUGGACAGGAGCAGUAAAUGCAUCACCACAAACAACAGCAGAAACAACAGUGACAUCACCAACGCCGUAUGCAGCAAUAACGGUAACAACAUGGGCAGUAGCAACAAAUACAUCACCACAAACAACAGCGACAACACCAACAACGAAUGCAGCAGGAACAAUAACAACAUGGGCAGGGACAGAAAAUGCAUCAGCACCAAUAAAAGACACAACACCAACACCGUAUGCAGCAAAAACGGUAACAACAUGGGCAGUAGCAACAAAUACAUCACCACAAACAACAGAGACAACACCAACAACGAAUGCAGCAAUACCGGUAACAUCAUGGACAGGAGCAGUAAAUGCAUCACCACAAACAACAGCAGAAACAACAGUGACAUCACCAACGCCGUAUGCAGCAGAAACGGUAACAACAUGGGCAGUAGCAACAAAUACAUCACCACAAACAACAGCGACAACACCAACACCGUAUGCAGCAGAAACGGUAACAACAUGGGCAGGGGCAGAAAAUGCAUCACCAGAAAUAAAAGCCACAAAACCAACAACGAAUGCAGCAAUAAAGGUAACAACAUGGGCAGGAGCCGUAAAUGCUUCACCACAACAUCAGUAGAAACAACAGCAACAACACCAACAACGUAUGCAGCAAUAACGGUAACAACAUGGACAGAAGCAGUAAAUACAUCACCACAACAUUAG